AUGACGUGGCUCGGAGGGAGGAACACGCACACGAAUGCCACAUGGUUUUGGAGCGAUGGAAGUCUCUGGGAUUUUGACCUAUGGUAUCCUGGUCAGCCAGACAACCAUAGAAACCGGGAACACCACCUCUUCAUCAACCAUUUGAGAGCAAAGAAUUGGGGCGAUUACCCAGAAUACUAUUCUCUGAGAUAUGUCUGCGCCAAAAAACUGACACCGGUGAACGAAGAUCAGGUCUUACUGACGCUAAAGUACGGGUGUUCGGUCCGAAAGGGGUUUGCUGUGGGACGGGUUUUAGGCUGCAGCCAAUCACAGAGCAGCACACUGAAGCGCACGCUUACAAACCACUGCUUAGUCAAGAGUCCCUAA